AUGGUGGCCGCUGAGGAGAAGAACCCUCUGAAUCCAGAAGAUUGCUUGGUUGUGCUGAGGGCUGCCAGGAACGUCUUCUUGGCGGCCGUCCUUAAGGUUUAUCCAGAAGAAACACCUCUGGAGUUGAAAGAGUGCUGCCUCCUGCUCUACUACCUGGAGGCCAUUGUCAUCCUGAGGCAUCUCCAGCAACCAGGUGUGGUGGAGCACAUGACUGUCCAGGAGUGGCUUGAGAGGACCAAAGACGAGUCGGGCUACACGGUGAUUGGGGUGAAGGAGCACACAUCGUCCACACGACGAGUGGCAGCGUUUGCCCUAUCCUCUGAGGAGGAGAAGUGGUUUGACACCUACUUCAGUCACGUGCGUCCGCAGCUCCUGGCUGCCAACUGCAGCAAAGGAACCACCGAUCAUCACGGAGGAGGUGAGAGGUUCUUUGUCUCCACAACAGGAAGGCCGAUAUACAAUGCAUCAAACGACCUUCGCCGGCUGCACCAAAAGUACCAGCUGGACCCAGUGACCAGCCAGACCGCCCGGCGGGUGUUUGGGACAGCCACCAAGAACAUGACAGACUCUGAAAAGACUUUGGUGGCUGAUUAUAUCAGUCAUUCUGCUGUGACAGCUCAAAAUGUGGUGGCAGGAAGGAAGCUGCUGAGCAAGCUGGCAGGUGACGUAAGUGCCUCCUCUGCAGAAGAGGGAACCAUCCAUGCCACCCGCGGCGCUGCAGGGAAUGCCUACCCCGGAUCAAAUCAACGGACCGACGUCCAGGCAGCAUAUGACCAGCUUCUGCAGACCCACCCGGUGACCCUGGAUGGAGAUGUGCCAGACAGGACCGUGCGUUCACAGACGUCAGGCCAGUUCAAGCGGCAGCUUUACGAGCGCUGGCUGAAGGCCCAGAUGAAACUGCGCGCGCAGCAUGUCCUCUCACACUUUGGCAGACGGGAACCCACCGAGUCGAGGAUCGACGCUUGGAUAAAGAAGCGGGGUUGGAAGAGCAACGUCCCCAGCACUGCCAGGAUCCUAAAAGACUGGAAGCCCACCGGAUCUGUGAAGACGCCGAUGCACUCGAGACGCAUCCAGAAGCUCAUCACCACACAAAAGUGAAAGGGACUGGCAGAUCCACCAGGCUACAACUGAGGAGCAGACUGGGAAUAUCUUUUUCCUCAAGAACAGUAAAAAUAAUCACAUGUGCAUUGAUGCACAUGCACCUCAAUGUGAGUGCCACCCGAAGAAGCAAACUUUUGGACGGCUAAUUAAUCAUUCCAGGAAGAAAGCCAACAUUCGACCCAGGAUCUGCACCGUGGAGAUGGACAGGAAAGAGCAGGACGUCAUCCUUUUCUUAGCUCAGAGGGAAAUUGAUGUUGGUGAAGAACUUUGUUUUGAUUGUGGUGUAGAGCAAAAGUCAUUCAGAGGAGAGGGUUUGGACCUAUGCUGGUCAUAAAAACCGGCAUGGGGCUCUGUACAUGUGUGGGUACAUGUACAAGUAGUUCUCCACUGACCUGGAUAUAUACUUAGAUAAUGUAUGAAUUGAAUUGUGUGACAUAAUGUGAUUUCUUGUAAUAACUUGUCAUAUUUUUGUGCAUGAAAUGGUGCGAAAUAAACUGAUACUUUCUAUUC